AUGAUGGCCUGUAACCCGAAAACCACGGUGGCUGACUGGUCGGGUCUUCCUCAAGAACUUGUCGUCUCCAUUGCCAAACAGAUAGCAUUCUUGGAGGAUUUUAUUGCUUUUGGUGCAGUCUGCAAAUCAUGGAGAUCAGCCGCGCCCAAGGAAAACUUUACCAGUCGAUUAAAACAUCAAGGCCCAUUUCUUAUGCUCCCACAGGAACAUGGAGCUGCCAUCCGUAAGAUUUACAGCUUCACAGACUAUAAGGUUCGCGAUCUCAAUCUGCCAGAAGCUGAGGGCAAAGUAUGUUGUUCUUGUUCAGGAUGGCUAAUCACUUUACAAGGUUUGCAAUUUAAUCUGCUGCAUCCUUUAAAUCGUUCACAAAUUAAGUUGCCUGCUUUUAGAGAUUUUAGUGCAAAACUUUCGCCAGUAAGCAUGACAGAUUUUCAUGCCAUAAAGAAAUUUGUCCUCUCAUCAAACCCUGCUUGGACAUCAGAUUAUACAAUCAUGCUUCUUUAUGACUGUAAACAAUUGGCAUUUUGCAAACCAAGACAGGAUCGAUAUUGGACAAGUAUGGAUUUAGGUUCACAUCCAGUUGACAUAACUUGUUACAAGGGACGAUUUUAUGCCGUGAGCCAUAAUGGGAGGGUUUCGGUUUUCGACAUUGAAAACCCUACAAAGGAAGCAAAAACUGAGGUUGUUGUUCCACGGAUGCCUAGGGAACUACUUGUACAUAUUUCUCCUGGUAGAGUGAAGUAUUUGGUGGAGUCAGCAGGGGACUUAUUAGUAGUUUCGGCUCACGAAGAAGGUUACGAAUCAGCUCCUACGUUUAGGGUUUUCAAGGUGCCUUUGAGGGAUGGCAAUUGGCAGUUAGACUCGGAAGUGAAGGACUUGGGUAAUAGAACCCUAUUUUUGGGAGAUAAUAAUACUUCAUUCUCUGUUUUGGCCUCGGACUACUCUGGAUGCGAGCCGAAUUGCAUAUACUUUUUUUCAUACAUAUCUCAGCAGUACAUAUAUUCCCGGCAGCCUCAUAACUAUCUCUUACCUUCAAGAGAGAACAUAGAUAUUGGUAUUUUUCAUAUGAAAAAUGGAAGAAUUCAGGAACACUUUUAUUGGGAACAAAGACGUUUCCCUACCUUUGGGACACCUUGUUUGUGGAUUCAACCGAAAUUUUUGGAGGGAAAUUCUUGCUUUGCGCCAACUGCCAACAAAGUUACAGGGAGUUACAGGAAAAAACGAAGUCGAAUGUGCUUAAGCCCUUGGGUUUAG